AGCAGUUCUUUUGUGUUCCCUUCUAACUAAACGAGCUCCUUCACAGCAUUCCCAUCGGCGACGUCGGUGGACAAAAGCGGUAGUGUUUUGCCUAAAGGAAGACUGCGUUUCCCAUAGAGACAGACGGACAUCCGGGCAUUUAAUGACGUCACCAGCCACAACAAAGCGUCGCCAUAUUGACAAUGGGGUGUCAUUGAUGAAGAUCUUCACACCAAGUACAAUUCUGCCCCACGAUAAACAGGAGGAAGAGUCGGCGAUGUCGGACAUCAAACAGGAAGUGGAGCCAGAAACCCCCUACAUUAAGGAAGAAGAACAGGAAGAUGAAAUCACCACAUUUCCAUUGACUGUCAUUGUGAAAAGCGAAGAAAAUGAACAUUUAAGCAAAGAGAGCGGAGACACAAAACUUUCAAGCGGCAGCUCAUUUCAACACCUGACAACAAAUGACGAGGUACAAUCGCAACCAGACAGCCUAUUAGCUCCGCUCUCGGACAGCGACGACGUAAUGUCCCACUCUUCUGACCUUGACACUGAUGAGGAGGAUGUUGACUUUGACCAAAACGCUGCAAAAUCCUUAAACAAGUCUUCAGUGAAAAGAGACACAAGAAAACGCUUGGUUGGGAAACCUAUUCCUUGCUCACAUUGCGAUAAAAGAUUUUCUUGGAAGGCUGAAUUAGAAAAGCAUAAGCGUACACACACUGGAGAAAAGCCUUUUGUCUGCUCAUGUUGUGGUCAAAGAUUCGCCGAGAAGGGAAAUUUAAACAAACACAGUAGCACGCACAGUGGAGAAAAGCCUUUUCCCUGCGCAAUUUGCAACAAAAGAUUUAGACAAAAGACUUAUUUGAAAAAACAUAUGCGUACACACACUAGAGACGCAAAAAAAUGCGUGGGUGUGAAACAGUUUGCCUGCUCAGGUUGCGAUAAAAGAUUUUCCACGAAGCACCACUUUCAAAGACACAUGCAUACACACACCAGGGAGAAACCAUUUGCCUGCUCAUUUUGUGAUAAACGAUUAUCUCGGAAGCGAGAGUUGACAAGACACACAUAUACGCACACUGGAGAAAAGCCUUUUCUCUGCACAGUUUGUGGUAAAAGGUUCAACGAUAAGGGAAAUUUAAACAAACACGCAAGAUUACACGCUCCAGAGAAGCCUUUCGCAUGCUCAUUUUGCGAGAGAAGAUUUUGUCGGAAGAAUCAGUUGACAAGACACACGCGUACACACACAGGAGAAAAGCCUUUUGUCUGCACACAUUGUGGUAAAAGAUUCAUCGACAAGGGAAGUUUGAACAAACACACCCCAACACACACUGGAGAGAAGCCUUUUGGCUGCUCAUUUUGCGAUAAACGAUUCAUCGACAAGGGAAAUUUAAAAACUCACACAAGAACACACACUGGAGAGAAGCCUUUUGUCUGCUUACUUUGCCACAAAAGAUUUUGUACGAAGCAACAGUUAACAAGACACGCGGGAAGCCACACUGGGGAAAAAGCUUUCAAUUGCACUGUGUGACAAAAUAUUCUGAUUUCUGCCACCCAUUUACCGUGAAAAAAUACACUUUAAUUUCCUAAUUGUAUUGCUUAUGACAGGGGUGGGCAAACUAUUCCACAAAGGGCCGCAGUGGGUGCGGGUUUUGGUUGCAACCCAUUAAGAGGACACCUUUUCACCAUUCUGCUGUUUUGCAAGUGCAAUCAGUCGAUUGCUGUCAGGUGCUUCGCAUUUCUGCUGAAACCGCAUUGGUUAAACUAUCUGUGCUGGGUCAGUUGGAACAAAGACCAGGACCCACUGCUGCCCUCGAGGACCGGUUUGCCCACCUCUGGCUUAUGAGCGUCUAAAGCAGGGGUUUUCAACCCAGUCCUCAAGGCACACUGUGGGUCCUGGUUUUUGUUCCAGCCGAUCCAGCAGAGACAGUUGAACCAAUGAGGCUUCUGCUAAAACAAGCCACACCUGACUGCAAUCAACUGAUUGCACUUGUAAAACACCAGAUUGGGGAAAAAGUGUUGUCAUCUUGUUUGGUAAGAAUGAAAUCCUGCACCCACAGUGUGCCUUAGUGGAAUAGGUUGGGAACCCCUGGUCUAAAGAUGUUGAAAUGAUUUUGCAGGUGCUGCUCCAUAACUUGAUACUUUUGCUAUUAUACUGCUUUUUGUCAUUUUACCUAUGAAUGCAGGAAUUUGAAAUACUUUUUUACUUAUUUGUUCAAUUUCCAAGCUUCAUUUGAAUAGUUUCAGGGAAGAUGUCUUUUGUGCAUUGUGGUUUUUUGAAAUCUGCUAUAUUAUAAAAUUACUGUAAUCUUUUAUUAUUAAUACAAUUACAUAUUUUUUUAACUUCUAUUGUGAAAUACUUUUAAAGCUUUUGAACUUUAGUGCUGUAACAAUUCAUGGAUUAACUCGAUUAAUUUUACUAGAAAAAAGCUUCGAAUCAAAUUUUACUGCUUCAAUGAUUUGUUUAAUUUGAAUGGCGUUGUAAUGGUUUGUUUUGAAAUUGUUAGCAUUUAGUUUUAUUGAUGUGGAUGGAUACACUCACUUUCCUCUAGUGGCAACCGUGAAUAUGACAUAACUCAUCUAGACAUGUGCCGGUGACCGGUUUCACGGUUUACCGUGGUGUGAAAACGUCGCGGUUUCAAAACCACUAAAAUAUUCCGCCAGACCGUAGAACGGUAUUCGCUAUUUUUCAUGUGUCAAAACUGCAGCCAGACGGGACGUGGCGCGGCAGCGCUCACCACCUCCCGUUUGUUGCUGUGUGUGAAAGUGACUCUAUCGGCUAGACAGCCAGCGAACCCAAAAACAAAUACUCUUUCAAUUUCAAUUUAUUGAGCUCUCAAAUCGUGGUAAGUGGAAUAUACAAAAUGCAUACAUUUAAAACGUUGUACAAUUGUAUUUUUCCAUGUGUGAGUAGCUUCAACAGAUUAGCACUAUGGAAAAAGUUCGCCAAAAACAAAACACAUUUUCCUUUCAAAUUCGAUAUACAAACUAAAUAAAAGCUUACAAAGACGAAUGUUAGCCUAGGUUUAGCUGGGAGAGCAACUUCGUCGAGUUUUACAGCCGCAGAGUGAGAAAACAGGCCUGGCUGGAAUACUUUUGUAGCCGGAUUUUAUGCUGAAGCCUGUGAAGCUACCAAGUCUUGGGCUUUGGCUGGUAGACCCAGGCAGGGCCCUAUAUUUGAAUACAAGAAGCUCACAAAUGCAAAAUAUAAGUAUGCAGUUCGCUACAUUAAAAAGAAUGAGCAAAAUUUGAGGGCUGACUCCAUGGCCAAGAAGCUUUUACGUAAAAAUUCUAAAGACUUUUGGAAGGAGGUGAGGUUUGCUAAUAAUUGCAAGCCCUCCUUACCCUGUACGGUAGAUGGUUUCUCUGGUGCAAAUGAUAUUGCAGCUUUCUGGCGACAGCAUUAUAAAAAUGUAUUUAACUGUGUGCCGAAGGAUGCCUAUCAAGCAGGCAAUGUCAAAGGGGUGUGCACAUUUACGACCCAUGAGGUGCAUCAGGUUAUAAAGAACUUAUCAGUUAAUAAAUCCACAGGUAUGGACUUUAUAUCUGCUGAACAUCUAAAGCAUGCUAGCCCGAGGCUUACUCCGCUUCUCGCACUUUGCUUUACAUCAUUUAUGGUUCAUGGCCGUCUUCCUGAAUCUAUAAUGUCAGUGCUGCUAGUCCCUGUCAUCAAAAACAAAGCAGGAAAAGUGAACAGCUCUGACAAUUACAGACCCAUCGCCCUCGCUAGUGUCCUCUCUAAGGUUUUUGAACUCCUCCUACUAGAGAGAGUUAAUGCAUCUGUAAGCUCAACGGACAAUCAGUUUGGUUUUAAACCUAAGCAUGGUACGGAUAUGUGUAUUUACGUUUUAAAAGAAUUGGUAAAUACAUAUAUAAGUAAAAACUCCUCUGUGCUUAUGUGUUUUUUAGACGCUUCCAAGGCUUUUGACCGUGUCAACCAUGGAAAGUUGUUUAAGAAAUUAAGCCAAGCGGGUGUUUCUAGCAAUAUUUUAAGAAUUCUGUCAUAUUGGUAUGCACACCAAACAAUGCAAGUGAAAUGGGAUGACUGUGUGUCUGCGCCUUUCCACGUCACCAAUGGGGUUAGACAAGGGAGCGUUUUAUCUCCAAUUUUAUUUAACUUUUAUAUGAAUGAUUUGUCAAAACAGUUAAGUAGAUGUAAAACUGGCUGCAUGGCUGGUGGGUUGGUGGUGAACCAUCUUAUGUAUGCUGACGACUGUGUGCUUUUUAGUCCAAGUUCAGCUGGUCUCCAGCAGCUGCUCACUGUGUGUGCCAGGUACGGGGAGCUACACAAUAUAAAAUAUAAUGAUGCUAAGAGUGUCGUGAUGAUUGUAAGAUCAAAUGGGGAUAAACAUAUGGUCUUCCCUGACUUUAAGUUGGCUGGUCAAGAAUGAAAGUCCUGCAGUCAGGUGAAAUAUCUCGGCCAUAUGAUCACCGACACGCUGACAGACAAUGAGGACAUAUUUCGCCAGUGCCGUUCGUUAUAUGUCCAAGCUAAUAUCCUCUCCCGUAAAUUUGGUCACUGCUCGGAUGAGGUCAAGGUGGCCCUUUUUAAGGCUUAUUGUACACCACUCUACACUGCACAUCUGUGGUCUAAUUAUAACAAAGGACAUUUCCAGAGACUACAAGUGGCAUAUAAUGAUUCCCUAAGAAUUUUGUUAAAAAGGCCCAGAUGGACCAGUGCUUCAGCAAUGUUUGUAGCAGCUCGGGUGAAUACCCUCCAGUCUGUUUUAAGGAUAAACAUGUUUAAGUUUAUCAGUCGUCUGAAUGGUUCAGAAAAUGUGAUUGUGUUGGGCCUGACCAACAUUUUGUACAGCUUUACACGCUACUUGUCUCGGUUUUGGAAGCACUGGUAUACGUGCCUUUUAAAUGUGGGUCGUUAGGAGACCCAGUGCUGUGUUAUUGUUUUACCAUUUCUUUAUUUUAUUUUGUCUUUUAAUCUAUUGUUGUGUUGUGUUGUUGGACCUUGAGUCUGUUAAUAAA